GCGGAGCGGGCAGCUAGUGCGCAUGGGCAGUCAGACUCCUCGGCUUGAGCUGCGUUCAUUUUUCCACCGGAGCUGCGUUCAUUUUUCCGCCGUCAUCGUCGGAGCCUGAAGCCGUUAGCUGAGCGCCAUCAGUUGCUGACAUGUCUACCGAAAAAGAUUCCCAGAAGGAAGGCGAAGAAAGAAGACAGGAGUCAGAGCCGACCAUCACCGGCAGUGAGUACCCUCCGAAUCGUGCGGAGGGGGAAGGCUCAAUGAAUGUGGUGGCGGUGAGGGCUAGUGGCCGCAAAGACAGUUUCAACUUUGGGAAGGUAUUCCUAGAUCCAGCCCUCGAAGAGCCUGAAGGUGACGAAGAGGAAUAUCGGAGUAUCCGCAAACAGUACCGGGCGCUCAUCUAUCAAGUCCAAGAUCAACGUCAUGACAUAGUGAACACAGCGAACGAGUCAUUAACAGAAGCACUUGAAGAAGCUAAUGGCUUGUUUGAUGGAGUGACGCGAACGAGAGAAGCAGCCCUCGAUGCCCAGUUUCUUGUUAUGGCUGCUGAUUUGGGUAAAGAAAAAUCAAGGCAGUUAAGAAGUGAUGUGAGCCUUUUUAAUCAAGCAGCGUUUUGUGACUUUCUGUUCACGUUCGUGGGUGUGAGUGGCUUGGAAGAGAAGCAUGAUCGGUUAGAUGAUGGGGAUGAAGGCAGAGUUCGUUACUUCUGGGAGACAUUACAGAGGAAAGCAGCAUCCUGGACAUUGAGAGCUGAAACAUUCCACUUUAUGCUCGGGUCAUUUAACUCAGAGCCUUCUGUGCCAAGGCCACGACAACGGAGACGACGAGUUCGCAGCGUGGAAGAAAAAAGCGCUAUGCCUAAGAAGCUGAAGAGGAUGGAUCUGAAUAAUAAUCAGGAAACAACAGAAAGAGAAGUAGAAAGAAUCUUGGGACUGUUGCAGACUUACUUUAGAAUGCACCCUAAUUCUUCUGUGUCCUAUUUUGAGUUUGUGGUUGAUCCACACUCAUUUGCUCGCACUGUGGAGAAUAUAUUUUAUGUUUCUUUUAUCAUAAGGGAUGGUUAUGCAAGAAUAAGUCUUGACCAAGACAGGUUGCCAGUAUUACAGCCAGUUAGUAAUAACCAAAUGGGUGAGGAGUAUGAUUCCGGUCCCUCUGGUAUGAAACAAGGAAUUAUAUCUUUGAGUUUACAGGACUGGAGAAAUAUCGUGGCUACUUUUCAAAUUUCAAAGCCUAUGAUCACAAAAGAGUAAAGAUUUCUGUCUUUAGUAUCUGUGUGCAUUUUGUGGCUUUGCUAAAGUGUCUCAAAAUGGAGAGUAAAAUCCUAACAAGCAUGUAUUGUGUCUCUUGUAAGUGAAAAAAAGUUAUUUUCAAGAACAUUAGAAAUUGUUUUAUUAUUUAAUGCAUUUUUCCUAGUAGUUUAUAAAGUGAUUAUGAUCCGCUGUUAAAGAAAAUUCACUUGUGUGUUCAUGGGAAACCCAAAAGUAUUUUUAAAUGCUGUAUGAGACCAUGUUAACAGAUAUGAGUGCUGAAUUUCAUAAAUUAGAAUGUGGUUGCAGAAGAGCCAUUUAUGAUGCUGCGUCAUACCUGCAUUGCUUCAGAAGAGCCAUUUAUGAUGCUCUGUCGUACCUGCAUUGCUUCAGAAGAGCCAUUUAUGAUGCUGCGUCAUACCUGCAUUGCUUCCUCUCACUGGGAGCUAAGGGAACGUAAGGGGCGCCUAACUCGGUAGGGGGAAGAGUGGGUUAGAAAAAUUGUUAGCCCAGACGUGGCAGGACAAUGAAUAUGCGGUGUUAGGACUGUAAAAAAAGAUGACGUGCUUUCUUACAGAAAGGAUUUGGUGUAUCUGUGAGUGGUGUCCAUAUUCUGAAUUUCCCCUGUGCCUGGACUCAAAAUAACAGUGUCUUUACUGUAGUAGGUACGACAUGAACUGUGUAAUAAAAGAUGAACAGGAAUUGGAGAAGAUGGGACAGGCUGACGCAAAAUCUUGUAACAUCUAAUCAUGGGUUUUAUCUCUACGUGGUUAAAUAUUUUUUCUUCUCUGGCUCUUCCUAGUUUGCAUUUGUAAUUUCUGCUAGUAUACAGUGUCAUUCAGAAUCAGUGAUGCUUGUCUUGUAACAGCCUUGAAUACUUGUCUCGAUAUUAUUCAGCAUUACUUAAUAGAUCUCUAAAUGCAUGGGAGACUGUAUGGUUAAAUCUCUGUUUAAGUGAAAAUAAGUGACUAAUUUAUCCGAAUGUUCUUCGGUCGGUAUAUAUUUCUCUUUGCUGCUUGAACUUUAAAAAUAAAAAUUUCAACCUGG